AUGGAUAAGAAUUAUUUGACAACAAUAAUUAAUAAUAAAACAAAUUUAAAUUAUCCAUUAUCAUCAACAAUAAUACCAAUCGGAAAUGAUAAUAAAAAUUUCAAUGAAAAAGAUCAUAUAUUAAAUGAACAUGCAUCAACGCAUGUUUUAACUGAUAUACAAGGUUCACGGAAUCUUGAAGAAACAGAUGAAAAUGAAUUACCAUUUCCUGGUUUUGUUGAAACUGUUUUUUUUUGUCUUAAACAAAGUCAAACACCUCGUUAUCAAUGUUUACAAAUAAUAACAUGGCCAUGGUUUGAACGUAUAAGUAUGUUUGUUAUAUUACUUAAUUGUAUAACACUUGGAAUGUAUCAACCAUGUCAACAUUUUGACAAUUCACAAUCACCAAAAAAAUGUGAUACACCACGUUGUAUUUGGUUACAAGCAACUGAUUAUUUUAUUUUUGCUUUUUUUACUCUUGAAAUGUCUAUUAAAAUGACAGCUAUGGGAAUAAUUGGUAAACGAACUUAUUUAGCUGAUACAUGGAAUAGAUUGGAUUGUUUUAUUGUUCUUUCUGGAUUAAUAGAAGCAGUAAUUCCAGGUGAUAUAUUAAGUUUAUCAGCGAUACGUGCAAUUCGAGUUCUUCGUCCAUUACGUGCAAUAAAUCGUGUACCAUCAAUGCGUAUACUUGUCAUGUUAUUACUUGAUACAUUACCAAUGCUUGGAAAUGUUUUACUUCUUUGUUUUUUUGUCUUCUUUAUAUUUGGUAUUGUUGGUGUUCAAUUAUGGAAAGGUUUAUUACGUAAUCGUUGUUUUUUACAAUUAAAUACAACACUUAUAUCUGAUUACACUUUAUUUGAGGAUUCUGAUUUACGAUCUUUUUAUAUUCCACCUCAAGGCGAUUCAUUUGUUUGUUCUCAGCCUCAAUCAAAUGGAAUGACAAAAUGUUCCGAUAUUCCAAAAUCACGAAAAGGAAAUUUAACAUGUGAACUUGAUUUUGAUAAAAAUAAUCAAGAAUUAUUAAGAAAUCCAAAUAAACCAAUAAAUGCUUGUAUUAAUUGGAAUCAAUAUUAUCAAUUUUGUAAUGUUUCAGAUAAAAAUCCAUAUUCUGGUGCAAUUAGUUUUGAUAAUAUUGGUUUAGCAUGGGUUGUUAUUUUUCAAAUAAUUAGUCUUGAAAGUUGGGUUAAUAUAAUGUAUUAUAUUCAAGAUGCUCAUUCAUUUUGGGAUUGGAUUUAUUUUGUUUGUCUUAUUAUAAUUGGUUCAUUUUUUAUGAUUAAUUUAUGUCUUGUUGUUAUAGCAACACAAUUUAGUGAAACAAAAAAACGUGAAACAGAAAGAAUGUUAAAUGAACGAAGACGUUUUUCACGUUCAUCAAGUAUAUUAUUAAAUGAUGAACCAGGUUCUUGUUGGCAAGAAACAAUUAAAUUUAUUGAACGUUUAUAUAAACAUGCAUACAAUAAACUUUCUACUUUAUGGAAUAAUUAUCGACGAAAUCGUACUAAUGUAAAUAAAAAAAAACGUCGUCGAAAAGAAAAUAUAAACAAUAAAUCAUCAGCAAUUGAAAUUCAUUUAAAUCGAGAUUCAAUAUCAAAUUGUUUAUCAUCACCGAACAUAAAUCUAAAUGAUAAAUCAAACAAUCAAUAUCAUCAAAUUAGAGAUAGUUUAUCUAAUCGAACAGCAGCAUCAUUAUGUCCAUCUAUAGCUGAUGCACCAGCUGCUAGUCCUGAACAAUCUGAUAUAUUAGAUUCAAUCCAUACACCCAAUCCUCAUUUUGAUAUUAUUGAUACAAUUCAACAUUUGUCAUCAUUUAAUCAUGAUCAUGAUAAUACUUCAAUUCCAUCGAUUUUAUUAAAUAAUAUAUCAAUUAAACAAUCUGAUUGUUAUCAUCAAACUAUUCCAAAUGAUAAAUUAACUAUCAAUGAAGAUGAAGAUGAAGAUGAAGAUGAAGUUGAAGUUGAAAAUGAAGAUGAAGAUGAAGACGAAGUUGAAGAAGAUAAUGAUGAAAAUGUAAUAAAAGAAAAAUCUAAAAUAUCAAAAUAUUUCGAUAAAUAUAUAUGGUCUCAUAUGAUAAAAUUACAAAAAUUUAUAUCAAAUUUUGUUGGAAGUAAAUAUUUUCGUCGUAUUGUAUUAUCAGCUAUUGUUAUAAAUACAUUAUCAAUGGGUAUUGAAUAUCAUGGACAACCUCCAUCAUUAACAAAUGCAUUAGAAUAUAGUAAUUUAGUAUUUACAACAUUAUUUGCUAUUGAAAUGAUUUUAAAAAUAAUUGCUGAUGGUUGUCUUGAAUAUAUUAAAAAUGCUUAUAAUUUAUUUGAUAGUGGUAUUGUUAUUAUGAGUCUUAUUGAAUUACAAGGAAAUAAAAAUAGUGGUCUAUCUGUUUUACGUACCUUUAGAUUAUUACGUGUACUUAAACUUGUCAGAUUUAUGCCAACACUUAGACGACAAUUAAUUGUCAUGCUUAAAACUAUGGAUAAUGUGGCAACAUUUUUCUCUUUAUUACUUCUAUUUAUUUUCAUCUUCAGUAUAUUGGGUAUGAAUCUAUUUGGUUGCAAAUUUUGCAAAAAUGUCGAAGUAAAACGUAGCAAACAUGUUGAAGUUGAAUGUUCAAGAAAAAACUUCGAUUCUCUAUUAUGGGCUAUUAUAACUGUAUUUCAAGUGUUAACUCAAGAAGAAUGGAAUGAAGUACUUUACGAUGGUAUGAAAACCACAAGUGCAUGGGCAGCAUUGUAUUUUAUAGCAUUAAUGACAUUUGGAAAUUAUGUUUUAUUUAAUUUACUUGUUGCCAUUCUUGUUGAAGGAUUUUCAACAGAAAAAGCGGGUAGCAAUUCUGAUAAUGGAAGUAUUUCAAAUAGACUGGAAAAAGUUGAUCCAUUUACAAGUCAAGCACUUUUUACAGGUGAUAUUGAAGGAGCAGCUAAUCCACAUGAAUUAGUUGUCGAUGAAACAGCACAAACUAAUCAAGAUAAUAAAAUUGCUCGAAUAAAAGAAGUGAAAAUAAUAAGUAUACCAAAGAUUGCUAUAAGUAAUGAAAAUGAUUCAAGUUUAUAUGUUGUUGAAAAUUUAUUUAAAAAAAGUUCAAAUUCAAAUUCAAAUAGUUCAUCACCACAUAAAUCUAUAAUUAAAAUUCGUUCAUCUCAACCACAAUCAUUAUCAUCAUCAACAACACAAAGUUUUCAUACAUGUUUUGAAUCAAUUGAUAAACAAUCUAGAAAAAUUUCUUUACCUAUUCAACAAAAUAAUGCACUUUCAACAAUUAAAAAUAAAUCAUUAACAAAUAUUUAUAAUUAUAAUAAUCAAACAUAUUAUUAUGAUAAAGAACAAAUUUCAAUAAAUCCAAUACGACGAAUUAAUUCUUAUCAAUCAUCAUUAACAAAACGUUUUAUUAUUCAAGAUAGAAAAUUAAUUGAAGAAUAUAUUAAUCAAGCAGAUAGAAUUCAUAAACGUCGAUUAACAUUUGAUAAUUUUAAUUAUUCAAUAGAUCAAGUUGAUACAUCAAGUAUUUAUGAAACACCAAAACAUGAUUAUAAUCAACCUCUUCAAAAUUCAUUUCGUUUAUUUAUUGAUAAUGAUUCAAAUAUAUUAACAACAAUUAAUAAUCAAUCUGAUAUGCAAAUUGAUAUUAAUACAAAUACAAAUCAAUCUCAACUUCAAACGAAUCGUUUGUGUUUAAAUUGUUUAUGUGGAAAAGGAUUCUAUAAAUAUUUUGAAAAACGAGAAAAUUAUUCACUUUAUAUAUUUUCACCAGAAAAUCGAAUUCGUAAAGCAUUGAAAUAUUUAAUUUUAAAAAAAUCUUUUGAUUAUUUAAUAUUAUUUAUAAUUGCUCUUAAUUGUAUAACACUUGCAAUGGAACGUCCGUCGAUUCCACCAACAAGUGCUGAACGACAAUUUUUAAAUAUAACAAAUAUUAUUUUUACAAUAAUAUUUACAAUUGAAAUGAUGAUAAAAGUUAUUGCAAGUGGAUUUAUAUAUGGAAAACAUAGUUAUUUACGUAGUGGAUGGAAUGUUAUGGAUGGUUUUCUUGUUAUUAUAUCAAUUAUUGAUCUCGCUACAAUGCAUCGAGGAUCAUUAACAUCAAAUCAUUUUGAAUCAGAUGCAGCAACACGUAUUUUUAGCAUGUUAAGAGUUUUUCGUUUAUUAAGAACAUUAAGACCAUUGAGAGUUAUUAGUCGAGCACCUGGUCUUAAACUUGUUGUACAAACAUUACUUUCAUCAUUAAGACCUAUUGGACAUAUUGUUGUUAUAUGUUGUACUUUUUUUAUUAUAUUUGGUAUUCUUGGUGUUCAGCUUUUCAAAGGUAAAUUUUAUUAUUGUGAAGGUCGAUUAGCUCGUGAUGUAACAACGAAACAACAAUGUGAGGAGUUGUCUGAUCAUCAUUGGAAAAAUCAACAAUAUAAUUUUGAUAAUUUAGGUCAAGCAUUAUUAACAUUAUUUGUAUUAUCAUCUCGAGAUGGUUGGGUUCAAAUAAUGUAUAAUGGUAUAGAUGCUGUUGAUGUUAAUAUGCAACCAAUAAGAAAUUAUAAUGAAGCUAAAUUAAUUUAUUUCAUAGCAUUUUUAUUACUUGUUGGUUUUUUUGUAUUAAAUAUGUUUGUUGGUGUUGUUAUUGAAAAUUUUCAUAAAUGUCGUGCUGAACAAGAACGUGAAGAAAAAGCUCGACGUACAGCAAAACGUGCAAAAAAAAUUGAACGUAAACGACGUCGUAUGCGUCAAAUACCAUAUUAUGCACAUUUUUCACCAUGGAGAAGACGUUUACAUAAUAUUUGUAAUAGUAAAUAUUUUGAUUUAAUUAUUGCUGCUGUUAUUGGUCUUAAUGUUGUUACUAUGUCAUUAGAAUUUUAUUUAAUGCCACCGGCAUUUGAUUUAGCUCUUGAUUAUUGUAAUUAUGUAUUUACAACUGUUUUUAUAAUUGAAUCAAUAUCAAAAAUUAUUGCUCUUGGACCAUUACGUUAUUUUAAAGACAAAUGGAAUCAACUUGAUAUAACAAUUGUUAUUUUAUCAAUUGCUGGAAUUUUUUUAGAAAAAAUCAAUAGUGGACAUAUACUUCCUAUUAAUCCAACUCUUAUACGUGUUAUGAGAGUUCUAAGAAUUGCACGAGUACUUAAAUUAUUAAAAAUGGCAAAAGGUAUUCGAGCUUUAUUAGAUACGGUUAUUCAAGCUCUUCCACAAGUUGGAAACUUGGGUCUUUUAUUUUUUCUUCUUUUCUUUAUAUUUGCUGCACUUGGUGUUGAAUUAUUUGGAAAAUUAGAAUGUAGUGAAGAACGUCCAUGUACUGGACUUGAUAAACAUGCACAUUUUAAAGAUUUUGGUAUGGCUUUUUUAACAUUAUUUCGUAUUGCAACUGGUGAUAAUUGGAAUGGAAUUAUGAAAGAUGCAUUACGUCAAGAUGAUUCACCACAUGGAGGAAAAAAUCAAUUUAUGACAGCAUUAGCACCGAUUUAUUUUGUUAUUUUUGUUCUUAUGGCACAAUUUGUUCUUGUUAAUGUUGUUGUUGCUGUUUUAAUGAAAAAACUUGAUGAAUCGAAUCAAAUGAUGUCUGAUGAUACAGAAAUUGAUGAAGAAAUUGAACGACAAUUAGAAGCUGAUGCACAGGAUCGAGAUUAUCUUGAACAACCAUUAAUUGAUGAUAAAGAGUUUCAUUUUCUAAAUGAUAAUAAUAUUAGUUAUUUUCCAUUAACAAAACAAUUAUCUUUACCAGCAAAUUUUACAUUUCAUUCAAUGGAUUCAAUAACAGAACGUUCCGAAAAAGGUAAACCAACUGAACAAGUGGAUAAUUGUUCAUUAUUAUCAGUGAUAAGUUCAAAAUCAGAUAUUCUAAAAUCAAAAUUUGAUGAAAAAAUUCUUUUAAAUAAGAAUGAAGAAAAUUUAUCAUUAAAUACAGAAAAAAGGGGUGAAAAUGAAAAUAGACGAAGAAGAUAUGUUAAUCAUCAUCGUUCAAAUACAGUUCCUAGACGUAAUCGAAAAAUAAAAAUAAAAUCAUUAAUAAAUAAUCAAGAUGAAAAUAAUAAAUCAAAUAGAAAUCAAUCAUUUUCAAUAUCAUUAUUACAAAUUCAAUCAAAACAACGUCGACCUUUUAUUAAUCAUCAUUGA